AUUGUUAGUCAUAUGUACUACAUACAGUGUCACAGUGUGUAAUUUGCUGAUCUUAUUAUUCUCAGAUGUUCAAAUUUAUGAUUUAUAAAGAUGCUGAUAAUAAAAGGCAAUAAUAAUGAAAAUUUUUUAAAAAACGAGAUAUUCAACUUCUGUCAGAACCAACUUACAACAGCGUCGUUGGGACAGAACCCUGUUAUAAGUCAGGGACUAUCUGUAUUAUUAUCAUUUCCCCUCCUUCUGACGUCCCAACACACUUACUGUCUGCCUCUCACAGUCUACGUGGGGUCGUCCUACCCCUGUGUCCUUCUCCAGUGGCCUUCCCCACUGAAGGCACUUCUCUCAGACAACUGCAUAAUGUCCAAAGGCAGCAUCUACCUCACCCUGGAGCCCAGCACACAGCUAGGCCCUCAGGGGCCUGGCGAUUUUGGCCAUAAGUCUCUCUGUACCUUCAUUACUGCCUGAGCAACCACCACUAAUCCCGCCAGACAACCCCAAGGCGAGCAUCCCUAUCUGUUGGAUUUUCUAGGUGUCCGUGACUUUCAAGGAUGUGGCUGUGACCUUCACACAGCAGGAGUGGGAGCAGCUGGACCUGGCCCAGAGGACCCUAUACCAGGAGGUGAUGCUGGAAACCUGCAGACUCCUCGUCUCACUGGGACAUCCAGUUCCCAAACCAGAGUUGACCCACCUACUAGAGCACGGGCAGGAGCUGUGGAGAGUGAAGAGAGGCCCCUCACAAAGCACCCGUUCAGGUGAUAGAGCAAAACUUGAGACCAGAGAGCUCACUGCGUCUAAGCCGGUCUUGUCUAAGGAAGAUUUGCUCCAGAGAAGCCUGACUGAAGGAGCUCCAGAGGACUCCAGAUUGGGGCAAACCAGGGACCAGGAAACACAGAAAGGACAAUUGAGGCUAGGCACAAACCUCCACAAGGAGACCCAUACUGGGAAAACAAGACUUGAACAUGACAGUUGGCCGACAGAGGAGAGUCUGCACUUGAGGGCACUACAGGAGCAAGUCUCUCCAAGAGACACUCUCCACAAACUUGACUCACACAGGCCAGGUGUGACCCCUGCAGGGAAGAACCCCUACAAAUGCAAGGAAUGUGGGAAAGGUUUUAACAGGAAGUGGAACCUUGUUCGACACCAGCAGGUUCACACUGGAAUGAAGCCCUAUGAAUGUAAUGAGUGCGGCAAAGUCUUUAGCCAGAGUUCCACCCUCAUCCGGCACUACUUCAUUCAUACGGGGGAGAAGCCAUACAAGUGCAUCGAGUGUGGGAAGGCCUUCAAGCGCAGGUCAUACCUCAUGCAGCACCAUCCCAUUCACACAGGAGAGAAACCCUACGAGUGCAGUGAAUGUAGAAUGGCCUUCACCCACCGUUCCACUUUUAUCCGCCAUAAUAGGACCCACACUGGCGAAAAACCCUUUGAAUGCAAACAGUGUGAGAAAACUUUCAGUAAUCGGGAAUACCUAAUUCAGCACUACGUCAUCCACACCGGAGAAAAGCCCUAUGAUUGUGCGAAGUGCGGAAAGGCCUUCAGAUGCAGCUCUGAACUUAUGCAGCACCUCCGAAUCCACACUGGAGAGAAGCCCUAUGAGUGCAUCCAGUGUGGGAAGGCCUUUCACCGAAGUGCCAACCUCAUCCAACACUCUGUCAUCCACACUGGGGAGAUGCCAUACAAGUGCAUUGAGUGUGGGAAGGCCUUUAGGCGCCGGUCACAUCUCAUGCAGCACCAUCAGACUCAUUCUUGAGAAGCCCUGUGAGUGCAGUGAGUGUGGAAGGGCCUUCACCUACUACUCCUGUUUUGUCUCAUAAUAGGAUCCACACCACUGAAAACUCGUGAGGUGCAACAAAUGUGGGAAAGCCUUCGACCACAGUUCUUCCUUAACUUGACAUGUGAGGAGUCAUACUGGAGAGAAGCCCUAUGAAUGCAGUGGAUGUAAGAAAACAUUCAGCUGCAGCUCAGUCCUCACUUAAAUUCAAAGGAUUCAUACUGGAGAGACAUGUGGGAAGGCUUUUUGCCAAGGGAUUCUGGACCAGGUUGCAGUAAAAGGUCAUAAUUUCCUAUUCAGGACACAGAUCUGAGACUAUUGUCAGAUCCAGAGCCCACUGAAUGAAGAGGCUGGGUCCCAGGAGGAAGGACCCUGCAACACCAUGACAAGUAGCUACUAUAAUAAUUCCCAACUCAGUCAACUUCAGAGAACUCAUACUGGUGAAAGACUUUCUGAAUAUAACUACCAAGGACACUCGUUAGCCAGAAGAAAAAUCUGACUUGCCAUCUGAGAAUUCAUACUGAAGAAGAACUCCAUACCAAAGAAGAACCCUUGUCAUUGCAGUGAGAAAACCUUCUGUGACAGAUUUUUACUAAUUGUCAUCUAAAGAGUCAUACAAGAAUGUGAUCCAGCUUGGGCUUUCCUGUCAUACAGGAGACAGACGCAGUGAUUACUGUAACCUUAUAAAAACCUUCAGCCACAAGUAUGCCCUUGGUUUACUCUGAAAGGCCAACUCAGGAUUUUUUUUUUUUUUUAAAAAGGAGAAGCAGAUGUAGAAAUUGUUAAAGCAAAAAGCGAUGCCUUUACACAUGCUUUCACACUAACCCUGCAAGACUUACAUACCAUUUUUAUUUUUUGGUGGGGGAGUGUUUAAGGGGUGAAGGGUUCUCGGCCCCUGCAUUUGUUUUUCAUAUACAUUCGCUGCCAGCCUGCAUGAGGAGAGUAACAGUGGAGGGCACUUCAGCAAAGAUUUAUUGAAACCCUUCUUUGUUCCACACAUCUCUACCCCUGAAGAACAAAAUUCUUAAUGAGAAAUAUGAAGGCUUGACUCAUGAACUACCUGUACCUGUAAGGAAACAGAAUACUGAAAAUGUCAUCCCAUGACACUUACAUUCCAUUUUAUAGCUGAGAGAGGGACCCACAUACAAAUGGUCACAUUUUACUGGGCCACCUAAGGCACUGAGUUUUUUUUUUAAUAAAAGAAACCCUAUUUUCAUUGCUUAACUCUCAUUUUUGCUUGACCCCAUCUUGUUUGGUUUUCAUUAUCUUCUCUGUUGUUAUUAUUAAGGAGUUCUGGUUAUGUGCGUGACUACUAACAGAAGGUUGGUGGUCGAACCCACCCAGCAGGUCCGUGAGAGAAAGACAUGGUGACCUGCUCCCAUAAAGAUUGUUGUUGUUGGAUACCAGUGAGUCAAUUUCAACUCAUGGUGACCCCAUGUGACACAGCAGAACUGCCCCAUAGAGUUUUCUUGGCUGUAAUCUUUACAGGAGCAGAUUGCUAGGUCUUUCUCCAGUGGAGCUGCUGGGUGGGUUCCAGCUGCCAAUCUUUCAGUUAGUGGCUGAGCACCUAACCAUUGAGCCACCAGGGCUCCUUUCAGUAAAGAUUACAGCCAAGAAAAUUGUAUGGGGCACUUCUACUCUGUCACAUGGGGUGCUAUGAGUCAGAAUCGACUCAGCGGCACCCAGCAACAACAUAAUUACUGCUCACUGUGUUAUCCCUUUGUACUGUCUUUACCCUCUACCUCCCUUCCUCCUCAAGGGGCACUGCUGACUUGGGGGUUUGGAUUUCCAAGGACAUCUCAGCUUAUUUGGGGUCUUGAAUACCUUGGUCAUGGUGCCUGGUGACUUUCAAAUAUAAGGCCUUGGCUUCUCAUAAGCAAAACUCAGGACGUCCCUGCCCCCACAUGAACUGUUAGUUGUGUUUUGAAUAGAAAUUAAAAAUCUUCCGUGGCAAUUCACUGAGUAAAAUAAAUCACUCGCGAAGGGUGUUGGCAGUCAUCCAACAGUAUAGCUCAUUUGAACAUACUUAGUACCAUAAUCAUUUAAUGUGAUAGCUAAUAUAUUUUGUUUUAAAUAUAUCCUUUUAUUGUGUUUUUUCUUUUUUACUUCACCUGUCUUUUUCUUGUACUUUUAAAAAACUUUCUUGUUAGUUGCCACCGAGUUGAUUCCAACUCAUGGCAACCCCAUUAGGACAGUAGAACUGCCCCAUAGGGUUUUCAAGGCUGUGACCUUUCGGAAGCAGAUCACCAGGCCUGUCUUCCAAGGUGCCUCUGGGUGGGUUCAGACCUCCAACAUUUCAGCUAGUAGUCGCACACUUAAUCGUUUGCACCACCCAGGGACUCCAUUUUUUAAAAAACUUUAUUGGUUAUUUACAUUCCAAAUUUUCAUCCUAGUUUGAAAAGUAUAUGCUCUGAUUCUAUUUUUGGUUUAAGCUAAAAUUUGCAAACAUCAGAAUCCCCUAGAGGGUUUGUUACACACACAAUGCUGGGCGCCACCCUCAGAUUUUCUGGUUUAGUAAAUCUGGGGUGAGUUUAGUUACUAAAACACGGUGUCCCUAAGCAAAAAAUAAGGAGCCUUGGUGAUGCAGUGGUUAGGUGCUUGGCUGCUAACUGAAAGGUCAACGAUUGGAACUCACCAGCAACUCUUGCAGGAGAAACAUGUGGCAGUCUGCUUCCAUAAAGAUUCACAGCCUUGGAAACCAUCUGAGGCAGUUCUACUCUGUCCUAUAGAGUAUUGACUCAAUGGCAACAUGUUUGGGUUUAGGGGAAAAACAGGUGGGCAGCCAGUGAAAGUGCUGUUCAAUAUAUAAAAUCAAAGAAAGACGGUAAUGGAUAAACAGGGCCUGAUGAAGGUUUCCCCCAAAAAAGGCUACAAUCUCCUAUUCAGGAUGAAGAUCUGAGCCUGUUGUCAGAUCCAGAACCCAGUGAAUGAAGAGGGGGCUGGAUUCCAGUUGGAAGGACCCUGCAACAUCAUGACCAGGAGCUACUAUAAUAAUCCCCACAAGCCCUUCUUCAAAGGACGCUUCAACAAUGUACUUAGCUAACUGCACACUGGGGGAAGGCCUAUAUCCAGGAAUUUCAAGGACUACUGGGCAUACAGUCAGCCAUUGACAUUUGUACCUGAAGUGCCAUCACAGUUCCACUACUGGACUGGAGUUUUUUGGAAUUCAGAUAAUAAGCAGAAUGAGAAGAAAAAUCCAGCUUACAGUGGGUCCAUCUGUCCUUGGAGAACCAAACCAAAAAACCAAACCCGUUGCCAACUCAUAGCAACCUCGUGUGUCCGAGUAGAAUUGUACUCCACAGGGUUUUCUUUUUUUAUGUUUGUUUUCAUCUUAUGGCAUUUUAAGUUUAUUUAUUGAUAUUAUAAAUCUACUGUUCCACACAUUGCAAAGAUUAUUUCUUCUGUGGUUUGUUUUUUUUUUUAAUAA